AGAUGCUUCAUUUUGGGGGCUGAGAUGGUAGGUGGGAGAAAGAAAAAGCAAGAAUGUGGACUAAUUUGUGUGGCUCCACACUGCACACCAAUUAUAUCUCACUUUAUCCUUUCCUAUAAAUAUCCAUACCUCUUAAUUAUCAAGAAAGAUUGUACUGUCACAAAAUGGAAAACAAAUCUGCUCUACUAACCCCUUAUAAAAUUGGAAACUUUCAGUUGUCUCAUAGAGUUGUGUUGGCGCCAUUAACAAGGCAAAGAUCAUAUGGCAAUGUUCCUCAACCACAUGCUAUCCUUUAUUACUCCCAAAGAACCACAAAAGGGGGUCUUCUAAUAGCUGAGGCCACAGGAGUUUCUGACACUGCCCAAGGGUACAAUGAUACUCCUGGAAUAUGGACAAAAGAGCAAGUGGAGGCCUGGAAACCAAUUGUAAAUGCAGUGCAUGCCAAAGGAGGAAUCUUCUUUUGCCAAAUUUGGCAUGUAGGCAGAGUUUCCAACACUGGUUUUCAGCCCAAUGGACAGGAUCCUAUCUCCUGCACAGACAAGCCAUUAACACCUCAAAUUCGUUCCAAUGGCCUAGAUGUUGCACAGUUUACCCCACCACGCCGCCUGGCAACAGAUGAAAUUCCUCACAUUAUUAAUGAUUUUCGGCUUGCUGCUAGAAAUGCCAUUGAAGCUGGAUUUGAUGGGGUUGAGAUCCAUGGAGCUCACGGCUAUUUAAUCGACCAGUUUAUGAAAGACAAAGUCAAUGAUCGAACUGACCAAUAUGGAGGGUCUUUAGAGAACCGUUGUAGAUUUGCACUUGAUAUAGUUGAAGCGAUUGUAAAUGAGAUAGGAGCUGACAGAGUUGGAAUAAGGCUUUCUCCAUUUGCUGACUACAUGGAAUCAGGAGACUCAAACCCAAGUGCUUUGGGCCUUUACAUGGUUGAAUCCUUAAAUAAGUAUGGCAUUGCAUACUGCCACAUGGUUGAGCCUAGGAUGAAAACAGUUGGGGUAAAAGUUGAAUGCCCUGAAAGCCUUGUACCCAUGAGGAAGGCAUUUAAAGGUACUUUUUUGGUAGCUGGUGGUUACGAUAGAGGAGAUGGAAACAAAGCUGUGCUUGAAGACCGAGCUGAUCUUGUCGUGUAUGGGCGUCUAUUCUUAGCCAAUCCAGAUUUACCAAAGCGAUUUGAGCUAGAUGCUCCUCUCAACAAGUAUAUUAGGGAGACAUUCUACAUAUCUGAUCCUGUUGUUGGCUAUACUGACUAUCCAUUUCUUGAAACCACGGCAUGAUGCCAAGGGUUAUCAGAUACUUCUUGUCUCACAAAAGAAGUAAUCUAUUAACAAAGAUCACAAACAUUUUCUGCACUUGAAUUCCGUAUGUUUUCAUCUUAUUUAAUGAUAAAUAAAUUCACUCUCUACCGAUCAUUGUGAGUUAAUUCUUAGCUCUACAUUUCGGCCAGUGAGGGCUUGAUAUACUAGGUGCAUCGAUCUAUCUUCUAUUAUUAUUAGUUACAUCGAGUGUUUCAAAUUUUUCUACACAUGUAUGUUCAUGUAUAAACACACUAUGUUGUAGUAUAUGUGAGUAUCAAAUGAAAUAAAAUAACUACUUUUUGCAA